AUGAGUUAUUUUGCUAACAAUCCGGCCUCCUUGUAUUCUUAUCCUCCACAAAGAACAACAGGGAUAAACCAUUUGCAGCAACAACAAAAUAGUGCUAAUAAUGGUGCUCUUCAAACUAGUACACCAUCAAAUCCAACUGAAGCUAAUGCAUUGAGACAAUCUCAACCAGUAGCUACAACAACUCCACAAACUUUACCUCAACCAACUCAACCAUCUCAAGAAUCAUCAUCUACUUCAGGACCACAACCACCUCAACAAACUCAACCACAACAAACAUCUCCAACUUCGGUAAAUGCAUCGAAUCCAGGUGCAUCCAGUUCAGCUUCAGAUGCUCAAGCCGCAAAAUCGAUUCGGAUUAAUCGUCCCGGACAAAGAUUUGGAGCUAAAAAGAAAUCUUGGGUUUGGUCAUGGUUUGUUCAAGAUUCUCAAGAUCCAAAUAUUGCAGCUUGUGAUUAUUGUGGAAAGAUCAUUAUGAGAUUGCCUUCUGAUAAAGGGUCUCCUAAGAAAUUAAGUGAACAUUUAAAAGUUCAUAAAGUUAGUAAAGAAACCAUUAAUUAUACUCGCCCUGUUCCGGUUGAUGGAUAUGGAGUUACUUAUAAUAAUAAUGGUGAACCAAUUGAAUAUCCUCCAAAUUAUCAAGAACAACAAGAUUCAGCCAACACUUCAUCAGUAACUAUACCAGGUGUUGGACCAUCUGCUCGUGGUAUUUCAACCUCAUCACCAUCUGUUGCCAAACCAAGAGCACCAAGAUUUAAUCCUGGUGAUUACUCAAAUCUCCUUUCUAAUCGUCGUUUUAUUUCAAAUGAUUUCGAUAAUAGUAAUUAUUCCGCUAUGAAAUUUCAUAAACAUUUAAUGAAAUUUUUAACUGAAAAUAAAUUACCUAUUAGUGUGAUUAAAUCUCAUUCAUUUCAACAAUUAGUAUAUGAUUUAAGAUCUGAUUCAGUUAAUGAUUUGAUUGAUUUAACCGGUUUAUAUAAUACUUUAUUAGAAGUCAGUAGAUUAUCAGAAACUGGCCAUGAUGGUACUCAAGAAGCUGAUACUUCAAUUGUUGAUCGUAGUACCAAUUGA